CGACGGAUUCAACUGGAUUUAAGUCGCCAUUCGCGUACGCCUCUCCAGAAACUUCCCGUCGCCCCGUUAUAAAGCGACCUCGCGGGCCUCAAAUGCGUUAACCGAAUAAGUGGAAGGAAAGAGGGCGGAGGAGGAAAGCGGAAUCGAGAACGUGCAAUUCUCUUUGAUUUUGGCUAUUGCCACGAUGUCUUACUCAAGGAGAUCAAGAUAUGAGUCCCGCUCUCGUUCUCGUUCGCCAUAUCGGUACAGCAGAUCUGUUUCGAGGUCCUCCUCGAGAUCGAGGAGUCGGUCAAGGAGUUGGGAAUCAAGUGAUGCAGAGAAUCCUGGGAAUAACUUGUACGUGACUGGUCUAUCUUCGCGGCUAACAAAGGAUGAUCUUGAGAAGCAUUUUGCAAGUGAAGGAAAGGUGAUCGAUGUGCACCUUGUAGUUGACCCUUGGACAAGGGAGUCUCGUGGCUUUGGAUUCGUGACAAUGGACACUGUUAAGGAAGCAAAUCGCUGCAUCAAGUGUCUUGACCGAUCGGUGUUGGAGGGACGGGUCAUUACUGUUGAAAAGGCUAGGAGACGACGUGGGCGAACUCCAACUCCGGGCAGGUAUCUUGGUGUGAGAACUGUCCAUGUUCGACGCCGGUCUCCAAGCUACUCGCCAUACUACAGGGGUCGAUACAGAUCUCGCAGCUACUCCUCUGAGAGAGACCGGUCUUAUUCGCCCUAUUAUAGUCGGCGAUCGUACUCUCCGUACUGCAGUCGGCGAUCCUACUCUCCCUACCACAGACGGUACCGGUCCCGUUCUCGUUCUAGGUCUCCAUACAGUCGUUACAGCCGAUCACCUAUAAGGAGGCGGGGGCGCCGAUCAUACUCUCGUGAUUCAAGGUCCUACUCUUCGGGGCGUUCUGUUUCGCCUUGCUAUUAUAGGCGUCGCUACCGCUCUGUGUCGCGUUCGCGCAGUCUCUCUCCAAAAGCAAGGAGAGUCUCGCGGAGGAGCUACAGUGUUUCACCUAGGAGGAGAUCAAGGAGGAACUAUUCUCGCAGUUAUUCUCCUAGGCCUCGCAGAUCAAGGAGGAGCUACUCCCGCAGCUACUCUCCUAGGGUCCGGAGAUCAAGGAGGAGCUAUUCGCGCAGCUACUCUCCUAGGGGCCAUAGGUCAAAGAGAAGUCCCUCAUGCAGCAUUUCAGCUGGGGGAAGCAGGAGAUAUUCUCGAGAAAGUUAUUCCCAUAGUCGGAGCAUGAGCUCGCACUCGAGAUCUGUUUCAAGGUCUCCUGCAAGGUCGACCUGACUUAGCAGAACUAUUCUGUUUGGUAGAACUGUUUUGAAGGCAUGUAAAUUGUGUGGACGAUAGUAGUAGACUGUAACAUACUGUUAUGCUCAUGUUUCAUCGAGUUCAGGCUGUUUUUUACGUAGUUAUUUGGUUUAAUGAUUAUGAACUCCCCAUUACCAUGCAA